AUGCCCGACUUGGAGUUGGUUCGCACAGUUGCAGCACACUCGGGCCAGUCAAAUUGUGUUGCACUAGCAGUGUCGCCUGACGGGCAAAGGGUGGCCGUUGGGGCAUCUGACGCCCUUUGUUCUAUAUGGAACAUUGAAGAGAUGAUUUGUGAGCGAAAUCUUGGAAGGUUAGACUACCCUGUCAGAGCAGUAGCGUUCAGCUGUGAUAGCCAGUUGAUAGCAACCGGAAGUGAAGAUCAUUCCAUAGACCUUGCUUAUGUCAAUGAUGGGUCCAGAGUACACGAGAUUCGAUUGGAUGGAGAAACAUAUUCGUUAGCAUGGCAUCCGUCACAAUUGAUGCUUGCUCUUGCAUCUUCAGGCGAUCCACGCGAACGUGAAAGUUUCGGGAUGCAGGCACUAAUCGGUCAGAUGCGCUCAAUUUUCCGGGACGAUCAAGUUAACAUUGAAGACAUGGAGAAAACUUUGUUGUCGUAUAAAAGUGAUCCACAAGACUGGUCUCGCUACGCUCUAUUCGACGAACGAAACUACACACGCAAUCUCGUCGAUACCGGCAAUGGAAAAUACAAUAUGAUCAUUCUUUGCUGGGGGCCAGGAAUGUGUACAAACAUUCACGAUCAUUCUGGCUCACACUGUUUUGUGAAGAUACUCGAAGGACAACUCAAGGAAACUCGGUGCGAUCGGCAUUCUUUUAUUGCAGUUAAAUAUGGUUACACGUGGACUGUUCAUAAGCAAAGUUCAUUCGGUGGUCGCAGGGCCUGUGACUUUGACUUUUACGUCAGUGAGCCGGCCCGCCGGCCUGCCGGCGGACUAUGA